AACAAGUUUAAAGAAGAAGAAGAAGAAGAUUGCCGAGGUUAACUUUCGCGCGUGCACAACAGAACAACUACCUAGGGACAAAGAAGUUGACAGCUGGUUAUAACUCUAAUUGUCAGUAAGUGGGGAGACUGUGGAGGAACCUUUUGUGAAACGCUCUUGUCAUCCUCCUCAGGCCAGAGCGAUGCCACUUUGCAGAAUGACACCAGUCUCCUGACACAGGGAGGGUACUCCUUUCCCAACCCGGACUCAAUCCUCUGCCUACCUCACCCCUGAUUACUUACCUCACUCCAAGUCAACACCCUAGAGCUUGCUUCCUAUCCCUAACCUCUUCCCUCUAAUUACUACUUCAGCGUUCUUCUCUAUGUAAACCUGGUGCUCUCAAACCACUUUGUCCCUCACCCUACUCCAAUUAAAUUCAAUACACCUUUCUCAACCCCUGUGGGGCAAUUAAAAAGGCAUUGCCAGUGCCUACUCCCAGUCGUCAGUAGGGUGAUCGAAGCCUUUCCUCGUAUUGCCUCACACCCCCUUCUGUGUACUGGAACGCAAAGAUGCGCCAGAACUUUGAGUGGCAGAUUUUUGAGUGACGUCCCCACUCUGUGAUGUCAGAGACUGGAGGAGAGGGGUGGGGCCAGAGUGGGAAUCCCACGUUUGUGUUUGGCUAUGAAGAUCGUCAAGGCCCAGAGGAAGGCGGCAUGAAGAAUGAGGGUGAGAUGCGAAAAGGAGAGGAGGAAGGGCAGGAAAAAGAGGAGGACAAUGAGGAUUAUGACUCGCCUCCAGAGAGGCAGAUUGUGGUGGGCGUCUGCUCCAUGAUGAAGAAGUCAAAGUCCAAGCCAAUGACCCAGAUCAUGGAAAGGCUGUGUAAGUUUGAGUACAUCACUGUGGUCAUCUUCCCCGAGGAGGUCAUCCUCAACGAGCCAGUGGACAAAUGGCCCCUGUGCGACUGCCUCAUCUCCUUCCACUCCAAAGGUACAAACGAACGUUUCCCAUUGGACAAAGCGGUAGAGUACGCCAACCUCAGAAACCCACUUCUCAUCAAUGACCUGAACAUGCAGUACUACAUACAAGACAGGAGGGAGGUGUAUCGUAUCUUGCAGGAGGAGGGCAUUGACCUUCCUCGUUACGCUGUGUUAACCCGAGACCCAGACAGACCCGAAGAAUGUAACCUCGUGGAGGGGGAGGAUCAUGUGGAGGUGAACGGGGAGGUGUUCCCUAAGCCCUUUGUGGAGAAGCCUGUGUGUGCAGAGGACCACAAUGUCUACAUCUACUACCCCACAUCAGCUGGAGGGGGUAGCCAGAGACUCUUCCGAAAGAUAGGGAGCCGCAGCAGUGUGUACUCUCCAGAGAGCUGUGUGAGGAAGACUGGCUCCUAUAUAUACGAGGAGUUCAUGCCAACGGACGGCACUGAUGUCAAGGUGUACACAGUGGGACCUGACUAUGCUCAUGCUGAGGCAAGGAAGUCCCCAGCCCUGGACGGUAAGGUGGAGAGGGACAGCGAGGGGAAGGAGAUCCGCUACCCUGUCAUGCUCACCGCCAUGGAGAAACUGGUGGCCCGCAAGGUCUGCCUGGCCUUCAAGCAAACGGUGUGUGGCUUCGACCUCUUGAGAGCGAAUGGCCACUCCUUCGUCUGUGACGUCAAUGGCUUCAGCUUUGUGAAGAACUCCAUGAAGUACUAUGACGACUGUGCCAAGGUCUUGGGGAACAUGGUGAUGCGAGAGCUGGCCCCUCAGUUCCACAUCCCCUGGUCCAUCCCCAUGGAGGCUGAGGACAUACCUAUAGUCCCCACCACCUCAGGAACCAUGAUGGAGCUGCGCUGUGUAAUCGCCAUCAUCCGCCACGGAGACCGCACCCCCAAACAGAAGAUGAAGAUGGAAGUCAGACACCCUCUAUUCUUUGAGCUGUUUGAGAAGUACGGAGGCUACAAGUCAGGGAAACUGAAGUUGAAGAAGCCCAAACAGCUACAGGAGGUGCUGGACAUUGCCCGGCUCCUACUGGCUGAGUUGGGCCAGCACACGGACUGUGAGAUCGAGGAGAAGAAGGGUAAACUGGAGCAGCUCAAGACUGUCCUGGAGAUGUACGGGCAUUUCUCAGGCAUCAACAGGAAAGUGCAGCUCACCUACCUGCCCAAUGGGCAGCCCAAAGCCUCCAGUGAGGAAGAAGAGGGUCCGAAGGAGGGUCCGUCUCUGCUGCUGGUGUUGAAGUGGGGAGGGGAGCUGACCCCGGCAGGCAGGGUACAGGCUGAGGAGCUGGGGAGGGCCUUCCGCUGCAUGUACCCUGGAGGACAAGGGGACUACGCUGGUUUCCCUGGCUGUGGUCUGCUCCGUUUACACAGCACCUACCGCCACGACCUCAAGAUCUACGCUUCAGACGAAGGCCGUGUUCAGAUGACCGCUGCCGCUUUCGCCAAGGGUCUGCUGGCUCUGGAGGGGGAGCUGACCCCUAUCCUGGUGCAGAUGGUGAAAAGUGCCAACAUGAACGGCAUGCUGGACAGCGACAGUGAGUCUCUGACCGACUGCCAGCAGAGGGUGAAGGCACGCCUCCAUGAGAUCAUGCAGAAAGACCAGGACUUCACUGAGGCAGACUACGAAAAGCUGGCCCCUACAGGCAGCCCCUCUCUGGUCAACUCCAUGAAGAUCAUAGGGAACCCAGUGAGGACGUGUGACCAGGUCUACACCCUCAUCCAGAGCCUCACCUCCCAGAUCCGCAAAAGGCUGGAGGACCCCAAAUCUGCAGACCUGCAGCUGUACCACAGUGAGACCCUGGAGCUGAUGCUGCAGCGCUGGUCCAAGCUGGAAAGGGACUUCCGGAAUAAGAGCGGCCGCUACGACAUCAGUAAGAUCCCAGACAUCUACGACUGUGUGAAGUAUGACACACAGCACAACGCCACACUGGGCCUGGAGGACACAUUGGAGCUGUUCAGGCUGUCCCGUGCCCUGGCCGACAUCGUCAUACCUCAGGAGUAUGGCAUCAAUAAGCCAGAAAAGAUGGACAUUGCCCAGGCCUACUGCCUUCCCUUGAUGAAGAAGAUCCAGCUAGACCUGCAGAGGACCCACGAGGACGAGGCCGUCAACAAGCUGCACCCACUGUACUCGCGGGGGGUCAUGUCUCCGGGGCGUCACGUCCGGACCCGCCUCUAUUUCACCAGCGAGAGCCACGUCCACUCGCUGCUCAGCAUCUUCCGCUACGGGGGACUACUGGAUGAGGUUAAGGACCAGCAGUGGAAACAGGCCAUGGAUUACCUCAGUGCUGUCUCUGAACUCAACUACAUGACUCAGAUAGUCAUCAUGCUGUAUGAGGAUAACAACAAGGACCCCGGCUCAGAGGAGCGUUUCCACGUGGAGCUCCACUUCAGUCCCGGGGUGAAGAGCUGUGAGGACGAGGAGAACAUCCCUCUGGGCUUUGGCUUCCGCCCAGCCUCCGCUGAGAACCAGGAGAAGCAGACCAACCAAGGCAGUCUGGAGGACCUAUCACAGGACGAGCCUGACCGGGCCCUGCCUCUCUCUGAGUUAAUCAGCAUCAGAAGAUCACCCAUGAUCCGCAACCGCAAGACUAGCUCCAUGGAGGUCCUCUCCGAGACCUCGCCCACCUCCCCCGGCUACUCCUCCAAGGGCGCCUCCUACCGCCUCUUCCCCUCCUGCUCGCGCCAGUCCCCUGAGAUCAAACAGACUGGCCUAGGGUCCCUGUGCUCGGGCCUCUUCAGUGCCUCUGUCCUGGGGGUGUCCUCUAGCGCCCCCAACCUGCGGGACUACGUCCGCACCCACCACCGCAGACCCCCCCUGUCCCCCGGUUUGCCUUUUCGAGAUGAGCUGUUCUCUAUGCCGGCAGUAAAGAGAUUUUCUGUGUCGUUUGCCAGGCAUCCGACUAAUGGCUUUGAAGGCUGCUCCAUGGUGCCCUCUAUCUACCCACUGGAGACACUGCACAACUCGCUGUCCCUCAAGCAGGUGGACGAGUUCCUCAAUGCUGUGUGUGAGGACAGCAGCGACGCCCAUGCUAAGACCAUGAAAGCUCUCUCUGUCUUGUUCGACACUUCAAGCCAGGGGUAUGGCCAGGCACACACCUACCCCCCACCAAAGGCCCUCUCCUCCUCAGAAACUCCUGUUCGGCCCCCCACCCGCCCACUAUGCUUAAGCAGUGGCCCCCCCAGCACAGUGUCCAGUGCAGGACCCUCCUCCCCCACCUCAAUGAACUCAUCGACCCCAGCCAUACACUUCAGCUUCAGUGAGUAGACCGUAACCCCCUCACCGGAUCCCACAGAGGAACCGCAGGACAUCACAACACCUGGACCUUCAGAGGCAGUCAUCCACUCAUUAUUAAUCCAUCCAUCCACACUGUGCCCGUCAACCUAUGUGAGUGCCUUCAAACUCUAGUCAGUAAUCACAGUCACAUACAGUGCUGGACCGUCCGUCCUAUUUUGUGGACAAAAGCGUACCAAAACCCUCAGGGGGAUGUCUGUCCAACCAACACUGCCCCAUUUGAGCGACAGCCAGGGGAGGAGCCUAUGCCCAGUGUCCUCAGCAGGAUAUAGACUGGCCUGAGGCUUGAUGCAUCCCUACUGCCCAUCUGUCUGUCCUGGAUUCUGACUGCCUGCUGAAGUGGCUGCUGGACAGAGACAAUGGGAGAAACUAGCUGUUUUCUUCCAUUCUUCAUCCAAAUCCUGUUCAAUAUGGAACCACACACACACACACACACACACACACACACAAAAUCUGGCUCUGCAGGAGUACCUCCUUUCUCAGAGAAGGCAGGCAGAUUCAGAAUAUUCUACAUCAAUCAUGGCAGGCAUAAUUAUUGGCAUACAGGUUAUAGUUGAGCCAGUUGAUCAAAUACGGACAGCUAUCUCAGUUUUGUUGUGUCCCUCUUUUUAUAUUCUGUUUUGGGAUGGCUGUACUUUACAUGAUUUGGGGGAAAGGGUACAAUACGUUACAACAGGAAUACUGUACACUGAGUAUACAAAACAUUAAGAACACCUGCUCUUUCUAUGACACUGACCAGGUGAAUCCAGGUGAAAG